UUUUUUUGUUCUUAUUCUUCUUUGCUCCUCUCUCUCUCUCUCUCUCUCUCUUGUCAAUCCCUCCUCGUCCUCAUUCCUACCGCCGGUGCAACUCUCUCUCUCUCGCCCUCUUGCCCCUGCCGUCUUAUUCGCUUGAUUGAAUACCCGGCCGCCCCAAAUCGCUAGCUAUCCCAUAGCUUCAUAUACAAAAAAUAAGCUCGGCUCUUUUUCCGCCCCUUGUGGCACGCGAUAUCCUCGGCAGCAAGGGUAGUGACUCACUGUACGGCUUCGAGUUAUAAGCAAAUUCAAGAAGCAUAAACUUGAGGAUUCGGAAUCGAUCCUAGAGGAAGACAGACAUACUUCCUUCAACACACAUACACACACAUCCUUUACAAUGGCAAAAGAUGGUUCAAAACAGCCGCCUACGGCGGCGACAAACCUCAUCGCUGGUGGUGGUGCCGGCAUGAUGGAAGCCCUCGCCUGCCAUCCCUUAGACACAAUCAAAGUGCGCAUGCAGCUCUCCCGUCGCGCGCGCAUGCCCGGCGCCCCUCGCCGCGGCUUCAUCAAAACCGGUGUCGAGGUCGUCAAGAAGGAGACCCCCCUCGCCCUAUACAAGGGUCUCGGCGCCGUCCUAACGGGUAUCGUCCCCAAGAUGGCCAUCCGAUUCACCUCAUUCGAGUGGUACAAGCAGCUGCUGGCCGAUAAAACUACCGGCGUCGUCUCUGGCCAGGGUACCUUCUUGGCGGGUCUGGCCGCGGGUGUUACCGAGGCUGUGGCCGUGGUGACGCCCAUGGAGGUCAUCAAGAUUCGUCUGCAGGCGCAGCAUCACUCAAUGGCCGAUCCACUGGACAUUCCGAAAUACAGAAACGCUGCUCAUGCGCUGUACACUGUCGUUAAGGAAGAAGGUGCUGGAGCUCUGUACCGCGGUGUUAGCUUAACAGCUCUGAGACAAGGAUCUAACCAGGCCGUCAACUUCACGGCGUACUCUUACUUCAAGAAGUGGCUCAAGGACUACCAGCCUGAGUAUGCAGACGGUAACCUGCCCAGCUGGCAGACAACCAUCAUUGGUCUUGUUAGCGGCGCCAUGGGUCCUCUCAGCAACGCUCCCAUCGACACAAUCAAGACUCGCCUGCAGAAGACACCCGCCGAGUUUGGCACCACUGCAUGGACGAGAAUAACGACCAUCGCCAGCGACAUGUUCAAGUAUGUUCUCCCUCAAAAACAGUUGAUGCGCACAGAAAGCUAACAGUUCCCUCCUCCCUCCAGACAAGAAGGUUUCCACGCUUUCUACAAGGGCAUCACUCCUCGUAUCAUGCGAGUCGCGCCCGGCCAAGCCGUCACUUUCACCGUCUACGAGUUCCUCAAGUCAAAACUAGAACAGAGCAACUUGGCCUUUGUCGGCGGCAAAUAUGAGGAGUAAGAAAAUGGCCUUUUGCGAGUCGAUUGCAUUUUUUUGCGAUAUACCCCCUUUUUCUUUUUUAUAAUCGGCCGAGAUGAGAGGACAAAGAUGGUCUGACUAUAGUCUAGUACUAGAACAGAAAUGAAAGAGGGUCAG